AGUGAACCCUUAUUUAGUUGCUCAAUUCUUUAGUUGAAUCUCAGCUGUCUUACUAGGCGACUGUUUUAAUAUUUUAUUAAAGUAAUUUCCUAAAAUGAUUGAUUGACAAUCAUUUACUUAGUCAUAAUAAUAAGUUACAUUUAUUACUUACAAUAAGUGUUUUUAUACAAAUUUAAUCAUAAUUUUUUUUAAUUUUUACUUACAAAGAAUGGCCUGUCCUCUGGGAAACGAUAUAUAUGAAGACAUCAGCCAAAUAGGCGACCAAUUAACGGAUGGCCCAGGUGUCGGACUUCUUUACAGCGAAUAUCUAAGACUCGAUAAAAUCCUCUCAGCGCAACGACUUCUUAGUGUAGAAUACAAAAAAGAAGUUCACGAUGAGCACCUUUUUAUCGUAACUCACCAAGCCUACGAGCUUUGGUUCAAGCAAAUAAUUUACGAGCUCGACUCUGUUCGGAGACUGCUCAAUUCAGAAGCCGAAAAUGACAAUUCUUAUGAUAAUAAUGAGAAAUUAUCGGAAUAUUUGCGCUUAGAUGAGUCGCAAACAUUAGAAAUUCUCAAAAGGCUGAACCGCAUUGUUCUUAUACUCAAACUUUUAGUGGAUCAAGUGACUAUCCUAGAGACUAUGACACCGCUGGACUUUAUGGACUUUCGUGAUUACUUAUCACCAGCAUCCGGCUUUCAGUCACUACAAUUUCGCCUGUUGGAAAACAAACUUGGAAUUAAACAGGAGCAUCGAGUUAGAUAUAAUCAGAACUAUACUAAAGUUUUCGGGAAUGAUCCUGAGGCUAUUGAGGCAAUUAAAAAAUCUGAGUGCGAACCAAGUUUGAGCCAGUUGGUUCAAGAGUGGCUUUCACGUACACCUGGACUUGAGGAAAAUGAUUAUAACUUUUGGGGAAAGUAUCAGACCGCUGUCGAGCAGAUGCUUGAUGAACAAGAGAUGAUUGCUCAGAAACAAACGAAAGAGAGUGUACGUACUCAUAUGAAAGCAAAUGUUGCUUCAAGAAAAGCUGUCUUUGAAUCAAUAUUCAACCAGUCUCAACACAACGCUCUGGUAUCACGAGGCGAAAGACGAUUCAGUUAUCGAGCCCUCCAAGGUGCUGUUAUGAUAACACUUUAUCGUGAUGAACCGCGAUUUAGUCAGCCUCAUCAAAUACUUACAGCUCUAAUGGAUAUCGAUUCGUUAAUUACUAAAUGGAGAUAUAACCACGUGCUUAUGGUUCAAAGAAUGAUUGGAUCUCAGCAAUUAGGAACGGGUGGUUCUUCUGGUUACCACUACCUUAAAUCAACUCUCAGUGACAGAUACAAAGUAUUUCUUGAUCUAUUCAAUCUCUCAACAUUCUUGAUACCGCGAAAUCUAAUUCCGCCGCUGACAAAACAGAUGAAAACAAAGCUCUCAAUAGCCUUGGGCUGUUUGGGGCUUGAAGACGAAGUAUCUGAUCAGAACGUUUCCGAAAGUUCUGUUGAAGAAUCUCUCUAAGGAAUAAAAGCUCAUAUUUAGAAGCCUUGAGGUCUAACUACUACUUCUGUGCAUACACGUUCUUUUGAAGUUAUUACUUUUUAUUUUGUUCGUAAACAUUUAUGUUUAAUACUAUGGUUUCUAUCUCAACUUCUCUAACAAUAUAUUUAAGUGUAUAAAAAGUACAAAUAGUUGUUUUAAAUCCAGUAAUCUCAACAGAAAUUCAAUGUUCUUGAUUGUAGACCAUUUGAUUAAAUAAAUAUUAUUAUUGUUAUAUUAAUAAUUAAAGCUACCAAAUAACA